AUGGACGAGGUGUCGCAAGCCACGGGGUGCCCCACGCUGUGCCUGACCGACCUGAGCGCCAAGCAGCUUCGAUCUGCUGUUGUGCUCCUGCGCGCUGACUUCAACGUGCCGCUGGACGGUGAAGGACACAUAACCGAUGACACGCGUCUCAGAGAGUCGCUUCCGUCGAUCUCCUUCCUGAUCAAGCAUGGCGCCAAGGUCCUGUUGGCCAGCCACCUCGGUCGUCCCAAGGGGGUAGAUGACAAGCUGCGACUGUCCCUAAUCGCUCCAAGGCUUGCCGCGCUUCUGCACCAGCAGGUGCAGCUGGCUAACGACUGCAUUGGCCCUGAUGUUGCACAGAAGGUCGCUGCUCUGAAGGAAGGGGAGGUGCUGCUCCUUGAGAACACCCGCUUCCACAGUGGGGAAUGCAAGAAUGAUCCCUCCUUUGCACAGCAGCUGGCUGCGCCCGCUGACAUCUAUGUCAAUGAUGCCUUUGGUUGCGCGCAUCGUGCCCAUGCAUCCACGGCAGGCGUCGCGAAUUUUCUGAAGCCUGCAGUGGCUGGAAUUCUCAUGAAGAAGGAGCUUGACUUCCUGUGCAAGGCAAUCAGCGCACCCACCCGCCCGUUUGCAGCCAUUGUGGGAGGCUCCAAGGUGUCAAGCAAGAUCAGCGUGCUGGAGUCCCUCAUGACCAAAUGCGACAGGCUCCUGAUCGGGGGAGGCAUGGUGUUCACAUUCCUGGCGGCGCGGGGCCUGUCUGUGGGGGCAUCCCUGGUGGAGACCGACAAGUUGGAAGUCGCUCGGCAGCUGGAGGAGCACGCGCGCGCGCAUGGCGUGCAGCUGCUGCUGCCGACUGACGUCAUUGUCGCUGACAGCUUCUCUCCUGACGCGGCCGCGCGCGUCGUGUCCGUUGACGCCAUCCCCGACCGCUGGAUGGGUCUGGACAUUGGCCCGGCCAGCGUGGAGGCGUUCAAGGGUGCGCUGGAGGGCUGCAAGACGGUGCUGUGGAACGGGCCUAUGGGUGUCUUCGAAUUUGACAAGUUUGCCGCUGGCACGAUGGCCAUCGCCCACACCCUCGCCGAUCUGACGCCCCGGGGCUGCACCACGAUUAUCGGAGGCGGUGAUUCGGUGUGCGCUGUGGAGAAGGCCGGCGCCGCGCACCGCAUGUCCCACAUCUCCACCGGCGGCGGCGCCUCCCUGGAGCUUAUCGAGGGCCGCACCCUGCCGGGCGUCGCCGCGCUCACCCCCUGCCCCGAUGUGCCGGCGGCACUCCUGGUGGGCCAGUACAUGUACCACGUGUCCUGCAACGCCAUGUACAGCUUCUUGGGAGCGCUCCUGCACCGCGACACUUCUGGCAAUUCCCUGGAGGCCGCUCUCGCGAACGAGGGCUCCGUCAAGGGGUCCCGUCUGCCGCGUACCUCUUCUCGCCCCCAGCUGGCCGGAUUGUAG